GUGAAUCUUAGCGUAAUGUCGUUCAUUUGACUCGGGAUAUUAUGCUAAGAUAAACGUGAGCUCCAGAGUCACCUUCGCCACGUCUAUAACUUUCCGACCGGUUUCUUCUUGUUUUUUUUUUCUUUCGGGUGACUUUUGUUUUUUUUGAUUUCAUGUUUUAUUUUUUCCCCCCCACACACACACAUACGCACACAAGAGUUUUGGAACGCUGUUAUUCCCGCCCAAGCAGCUACUCGACUGUUGCCAUAACGACGCGUCGAGUUUGAUAGUCACAAACUAUUCCACCCGCCAUGGAAGACCCGACAACAACCACAAAUCAGCUGCAAGUGAUUGUUUACACAAGUUCUCUGCCGAGAAAGUGUCAAUUCGUCUGCAAGGAUGCCUCGGAUCACGCCGAACUCACGGCCGAAUUUCCGCCCGUUACCGUCGCCGAACUCUUCUCCUAUCCCAUCCGCCGGCGCACUCGUGGUGUCCAGGCAGCUGGAGGAUCCAGGACCGGAAGUUCGCAGACCAUGUUGAAUUACCCGAGGCAUGCCACAAGUCAAUAUGAAGCGAGGCAGUUUAACCACCAAGAAAUCGAUCACCACUUAAAUUCCAUUGGCUUCCAAACAUUCCUCAGCAAAGCUUCGUUGCGAGUUGAGCGAGUCCUGGUCGAGAAUUGUCUUUUCAAUCCGUUCAUCGACCACGUCAACCGAUUGAUUUGUUCGGACGAUAGUCUCGAUCCGGCCAGAGCAAAUGACAGCCCUCGCAAACCGGUUAUGAAACAUUGCGCUGGUCCGGCUCCCAGACGGUUGAUGCACCAAAGUGAUUUAUGCGAAGGCAAAUUCGUUUCUUCUCUUCACUGCCAUCCGACUUUCCCUGGGGUCAUUGCGGCCGGAUACGCCUCGAAAAUCCAGAUGGAACAGAGACAAUUAUAUCGGGAUUCCAGCCGCAACAACGGACGCCAUUACGCCAUUAUCUGGAAAACUACUCAACUGCUGGAACCGACAAUCAUUUUGGAAGCUCCUGAUGACAUCUUGUGCAUCCGAUUCAACCACCACCACCCGUACGUAUUGGCAGCAUCCUGCCAUUCGGGCAUGAUCGUCGUUUGGGAUGUGUCCGGUUACGUGGCACUCAUGAAAGGUCCGAAAAACAAAUGGCAGCAGGUUCGUGCCAAAGAAAUCACUCCGGUUGUCAUUCCGGUAGCCGCAACUUUAGAAAACUAUCCGUGCACCAGCAAACGUAUAGAAUGGACUCCUAACUCGGUCGAGUUUUCAGCUAAAGGACCAACAGGAGUCACUGCCAACAAAAAUCUGUGGCAACUCUACAGUUGUUAUGACGGAUUCAUGACGGUUUGGGACAUUCGCUUGAUGGAAGAAAGUUUCAAACCCACCUCCCUUCCGGUUCCUCGCUUGCCCAGUCGCGUCAGACCUGCUUUCAAAAUAUUUCCGGUGGUCAAAGAUAAGCGACGUGACGUGGCCAUCACGUGCUUCGCCAUGAUAGAUCACUCGGAAAAGAAGGGCCACACGCGACUUUCUGAAUUGGUAUCCUACCCACCAAUCUGCAUCGCUGGAACGGACGAAGGAGAAAUCUUUAUCAUCGACUGGAGAAACUAUUCGGAUAUGGAACGCGGUGCAGCUUGCACGGCAAAUUUGUGCAUCGCUUUCCAUGACGGCGCUGUGGUGGACAUUAUUCCGGCUCCUCAUAUUUCCAAUACAGUUUUAUCAAUCGGCGGUCGGAUUUGGGCCCUCUGGAAGUCCGUUGAACUGGAGGGCCCUGUAUUAGAACUGGCUCCGAGACCGGUUACGAUCCAAUCGGCUGCUUGGUCACCCUGGCAAACGUCGAUAGUAGCCAUAGGAUUAGCAGAUGGCCUGGUGGAAAUUUGGGAUAUCAUCCUUUCUACAUCGAGACCACAGCGACAAAUGCGCAUUUCUAAAUCGGCCAUUACGUCCAUCGGCUUCGGUCGGGAUGACGAAGGAACUUAUAUCGCCAUAACGGACGCAGACGGAACGGGCAAAAUUACCUUGCUGCCUUUUUUCACCAAAAGUCUGUGUCCAGGAGUCAGAGAGCUCACAAGAGUCGAGAAAUUCAUGGAUAGUGAAGUACAUCACCGUUUGUCCAUGGCCCAAAUGUUGCAACCCGCCCCAGUUGCCCCACAGCUCCACCUGCCUGAAUCCCCAUUAAUCUACAGCAAUCGCGAGGCGUACAUGGAAGAUUUCAAGAUUCUCGAGAAAAAGAUUCUCAAAGAUGUCGGUGAUGUUUGAACGAGAACGUGAAAAAUAAACGAUACGAGAACGUUA